UACAGCUGUAGGAGGGGAACGUGCAGGUCUGAUUGGAAGCUCAUCUCCAGGGAUUUGGCUCUUCCUUCAGUUUAGGGGAGGCGGCUUAAACCCUCCUUCACCCAAAGCUCCGGGGGAAACAGGGGCCCCUCCACCCGCUCUGGCUGUGCUCAAUUCUCCCUCCAGUCAGCACUUCAGGCUCUGACCUGUCUUUGGACACCUGCCCUGUGGAUGAAGGUUACACCUGAGACCCAGUGAGAAGACGACCCUGCAGCCCCUGGUUUCGUCGCCAAGGAAAGAGGGAGACGCAGAGGAUGGUGGAUUUUCCAGGAUACAGUCUGUCUGGCGUAGCUGCCUCCUUCCUCUUUGUAUUGCUCAGCAUGAGGCAGUCAGAUGACUUCAGAGUGAUUGGUUCUGCCCGUCCUAUCCUGGCCAUGGUCGGAGAAGAUGCCGUCCUGACCUGUCAGCUCCUUCCCAGGAGAACGGCGGCGCACAUGGAAGUGCGGUGGCACCGCUCAGAGCCCAGCACACCUGUGUUUGCGUACCGGGACGGAGCUGAGGUGACGGAGACGCAGAUGGAGGGAUACAGAGACCGGGCAGAGUGGAUACAGGACAACAUUGCUGAGGGAACCGUGGCUCUGAAGAUUCACAGCAUCCAACCAUCCGACGAUGGGAAGUACUGGUGCCGCUUCCAAGAGGGAAACUACUGUGGUGAAACAAGCUUGUGGCUCAGAGUAGCAGGUCUGGGGUCCACCCCUUACAUUCACAUGGAGGGAUCUGUGGAGAAUGGAGUCCAGCUUGCGUGCACUGCAAAAGGCUGGUUCCCAGAACCUCAGGUUUCUUGGCAAGACAUCACGGGAGAAAAGUUGCUGACUGUCUCUGAGCAUCACGUCCAAGAUGAGGACGGCUUGUUCUAUGUGGAAAGCACUCUCGUGGUCAGGAAUCCCCUUCCAGAGGUCGUGUCCUGCUUCAUCCACAACCCCACGCUCACUGAGAAGAAGGGGUCACAUAUCUCCAUCCCAGAGAAACUGCAGACGGAGCUCGCUUCCUUAAAGGUGAUUGGACCUUCCCAGCCCAUCCUGGUCAGAGUGGGAGAAGACAUACAAUUAACCUGUUCCCUGUCCCCUAAGACUAAUGCACAGAGCAUGGAGGUUAGGUGGGUCCGAUCCCACCGCUAUCCUGCUGUUUAUGUCUACAUGGAUGGGGACCAUGUGGCUGGAGAGCAGAUGGCCGAGUACAGAGGCAGGACUGUAUUGGUGAGCAAUACCAUCAAUGAGGGGAGGCUGACCCUGCAGAUAAACAAUGCCACAAUUUCAGAUGACGGACAGUACCAGUGCCUUUUUGAAAAAGAUGGUGUCUACCAGGAAGCCAAUCUGGAUCUGAAGAUCGUAGGUCUUGGUUCUUCCCCUCUGAUCUCCGUGGAGGGUUGGAAGGAUGGAGAAAUAAAGCUACUGUGCACUUCAGAAGGGUGGUUCCCACAGCCCCAUGUACAGUGGAGGGACGUGGAAGGAAAGGCAAUACCAUCGUUUUCCCAGGACCUGACUCAAGGCAGCCAUGGGCUAUUCCGCGUGGAGGCGUUUCUACUGGUCACAAACAGCUCCACUGUGAACGUGACCUGCUCCAUCAGCAACCCCCUUCUUGGUGAGGAGAAAGUGACAGCUUUCUCUCUUUCAGAGUUCAGGAUGACUUUUCCAUGGAUGACACCAAUUAUUUGGGGAGUGCUUCUUGUUGGAGCUAUAGGCUUGAUCUGGAGGUGCUGCUGUAGACGAGCGAAUGAGACAUUGGACCCAAAUACAGCUCACCAGAAGCAAUCCUUUCUGAGGAAAAUGAGCAUGUGGCCCAAGGUCAAUCAAGCAGCCAGAGAUCUGUAGAGAUUUCACAACCUCCUCAAUGCUCUGGGCCAGGAGGGGCUCAUGUCAGGCAGAUGGGUCUGAGAGGUGGAGUUUAGGGACAGGGAAGCACUGGUCCUGAGUGUUGCCAAGGACAAUGUCGUGGAGUCAUCUCUAUGCCAUCUGAGAAUGGGUUUGAGCAAUGGGUUAUUAUGGAAAUGAGUACUGGGCCAUCACCUCUCCUCUCCUCCUCCUCUCCCUGCACAUGUCCCCAGGACAGAUUAGAAUCUCCCUUGACUACACCCUCUGGAUGCUUCUCCUUUUAUAACAUGAACAGCAAGUGCCCUGUGUAUACCCUUCCCCUCAGUUUCCUUCUCUGAAAUUCUGCAUCCCUCACUUCAUUCUUUGGUUCCCUAAUGUAUGUUCUCUUGACAUCUUUCCUGCACCCAAGGGAGCCUCUGCAACUCCUCCAAGGAAAAUAAUAACCUAGGAUUCUGGAAACCGGCAUUAUAUUCUGAAUCCCAGCCUUUCUCUCCUUUCACCAGCCACCUGAAGGGAACUCACACCAUCACCCAAGUACCCAAUCAGGAGGCUUUAACCACACUCUGGCCUCAAAUCUGACCAGAAGACUGAUUCUUUCAGUGACCUAUUGUAUCCAAGCUCUCUGAUAUCCUGCCCACUGAUCACAAUCUGAUUUCGGAUGACAAAGGACCCUUAGAAAACCCAGUGGGAAAUGCAAUUUAGCCUAGAUGAGGAAGUGCAAGGCAUGACCAAGUAUUUGAUUGGUUUCUUUAGGAAAGUGACAAUUAAUUAUGCAAGGAGGGCUGAGAAAACAAAAAUAUAGUUAAAAACAAGGAAGAGAAAAUACAACUGAAUAUAAGGAGAAAAACCUGAUUACCAAGAUGUAAUCUUGAAAAUCCCAUGAAGUGUGGAAUCCCUGCACCAGACUUUUUUCAGAAAGUUAAUUGAGAACACGGAGUGAGGAAACUUUUCAGAAAUUCUAGUCCAAGAGAAAAAUUAGUUAUGUGUCAUGUAUAUGAAAACGUCAAACUUAUUUUUUAGAGUGAAAAAAACACAAUUUAAAAUUAGUAAUUGUAAAAUAAACAUAAGCAAUAAAUGCAACACAAGUAAUAAAAUGCAAUGGAAAUAAAAAUAUUUUAAAGUCAUAAUGAAUUAGGAAAGAGAAGCUACAGGUAGAAGAAGAAAGAAUGUGAAGAAAUAAAGAUUUGGAGAAAGUCUGAAAAUCAUCUGAAGUGAGAAUGAGGAAUACCAGCAAAUGACACGCUACUGCCGUCUAGGGAGGCAGACACCACGGUUCCUGCUGUCCUUCGAAGAUUUUUUUUCUGCAGCAUUCCAGAGUUUUCUCUUCUGGUUCAUAAUUUUUUUCUCCAUUUUAAAGCUCAUAACUUUAUGUUUGAAACUAUGCAUUAUUCUUUCACAAAUGUUUACACAUUUAUUUUAUUUAGUUUUACAUUUUUUCAAUUGUGGUAAAAUACACAUCACAUAAAAUUGAUUGUUUAAGCUAUUUUAAAGUGUACAAUUCACUCGUAUUUUUACCCUCACAAUAUGUGCAACCCCCAUCAGUAUCCAGUUCCAGAAUAUUUUGAUUACUCCAAAAGGAAACUCUAUAACCGUCAAGCAGUCGUACCCAUUUCCCCCUGCCUCCAGCCCCCAAUCUACUUUCUGUCUCUGUGAAUUUACCUAUAUGGGGUAUUUCACAUAAAUGCAAAUGCAGUUGUAAAAUAUGUGGAUUUUUUUUGUGUCUGUAUUUUUUUACUUAGCAAAAUGUUUUCAAAGUUCAUCCAUGUUGUAGCAUGUACCAGUACUUCAAGAGAUGUUUUAGGUUUACAACAAAACUGAGUGGAAAAUCCGGAGCACUCCCAUAUCCCUCUCCUCUCACCCCUCUGUUUCCUCUGCUAUUAACAGCUUGAUCAGUGUAGUACAUUUGUUACAACUCAUGAACUGAUACCGAUACACUAUUUUCAACUAAAGUCCAGAGUUACAUCAAGGUUCACUUUGUGUAUUGUACAUUUUCUGGGAUUUCAUAAAUGAUUUACAUGUUUUUGGUACAAACAUUUUUGACACACCUUUAUGUACCCCUUAUAUUUUUUAAGACAAAUUUGUUAAUAAAUAUAGCAGCCUUAAAAUA